GAGAUAAGAAGAAGACGUCCAUGAUUCUGUAGGACAACACAGUAACCAUGCAAGGACUUCCAGCUUCUGAUACCUCCUCUGAAAAACUGAAUCCCACCCACCAAAAUAUAGGAGCUGUUCAAAUGAGGAUCAAAAAUGCCAACAGCCACCAUGACAGGCAUAGCCAAAGUAAAUCAAUGAUCCUUUCUGAGACUGUGAAGGUCAAAGAACCUAUAUCUCGUCAUAGAAGGAAUCAUUCCCAACAUAACUUAAUACUCACAGACAUCAUUAGCCCAAAGGAACAAACGGUAGUGGAAAAAGAAGGAUAUCUUCUAAAAGCUAAAAUUGCAGAUGGAGGCAAGAAGUUAAGGAAAAACUGGUCUACUUCUUGGAUCGUUCUUGCUGGUGGGAAAAUAGAAUUCUACAAAGAAUCCAAACAGCCAGCAUUGGCCAAUCUGAAAGCAGGAUAUAAACCAGAAUGGGUGGAUUUGUGUGGAGCUAACAUUGAAUGGACUACAGAGAAAUCUAGUAGAAAGAAUGUCUUUCAGAUCACAACGAUAUCAGGAAAUGAGUUCCUCCUUCAGUCAGAUAUUGACUUCAUCAUAUUGGAUUGGUUCCACGCUAUCAAAAAUGCAAUUGACAGAUUGCCAAAAGAACAGAGUUGUACACCAAGAAAUCUGGAGUUCAAACUUCAAAGAUCCUCUAGCAGUGAAUUACUGAGCAGCUUAAGUACUGAGUCCAAAGAACCAAAGUCUGAACACAGAAAAUCUCUAAUUUUCAGACUGAACUACAGUGCCUCUGAUACAAAUGACAGAAAUCGAGUCAAAAGCAGAUUAAAGAAGUUUAUCAACCGAAGACCCUCACUGAAAACGUUGCAAGAAAAAGGACUUAUUAAAGAUCAAGUUUUUGGCUCCCAUUUGCAGUUAGUGUGUGAGCACGAAAAUUCCACAGUCCCCCUAUUUGUAAAACGUUGUAUAGAAGCUGUUGAAAAAAGAGGUCUGGAUGUUGAUGGAAUAUACAGAGUUAGCGGCAAUCUGGCAACAAUACAGAAGUUACGAUUUGUUGUCAAUCAGGAAGAGAAGCUGAAUUUGGACGACAGCCAGUGGGAGGACAUCCACGUUGUCACCGGAGCACUCAAGAUGUUUUUCAGAGAGCUGCCUGAGCCACUGUUCCCAUACUGCUUCUUUGAACAGUUUUUGGAGGCAAUAAAAAAUCCAGACAGCAACACUCGAGUUAAGUCCAUAAGGCAUCUUGUGCAGAAGCUCCCUAGGCCAAACCGUGACACAAUGAAAAUCCUCUUUGAACAUCUAAAAAAGAUAGCAGCCAAGGAAUCCGUGAAUCUUAUGACAACACAAAGCUUAGGAAUUGUAUUUGGACCAACACUCCUUAGACCUGAAAAGGAGACAGGGAACAUGGCAGUACACAUGCUGUACCAAAACCAGAUAGUUGAACUUAUGUUAAGUGAGUACAAUAAGAUCUUCAGCUCUGAGGAAGACUGA